CUUCAUCCAUUUAGCCUUUUUUUUCCAUUUUGGGGAUCUGGUCCAGCAGGAGAUCCAGCACAAUUCCCGAGGCAUUCAACUUUUAACUCUAUUUAUUUCCUAUUCUUUUUCUGUUUCUACUAGUGUUGUUGUCUUAUUUUGUCUCUUCUCUUUUACUACUUUUUUUUCCACAUAAACCCUUAUUCUUCUCCCCUCAAAUUCUACUUUAUUCAGAUCUAGGCGCUUGGAAAUUAAGGUGAUAUAUAUAUAUAUAUGUAGAAUGAAUUCGUUUUCACAGAUUCCUCCUGGCUUUCGGUUCCAUCCAACUGAUGAAGAACUUGUAGAUUAUUACCUCAAGAAGAAAAUCACUUCAACAAGGAUUGACCUAGAUGUUAUUAAAGAGGUGAACCUCUACAACAUUGAACCAUGGGAUCUUCAAGAAUUAUGCAGAAUAGGGAGAGAAGAAGAAGAUGAAUGGUACUUCUUUAGCCACAAAGAUAAAAAAUAUCCAACUGGCACAAGAACCAAUAGAGCCACAACAGCAGGAUUUUGGAAAGCAACAGGAAGAGACAAGGCUGUAUAUUCCAAUCAUGACUUGAUUGGCAUGAGGAAGACCUUGGUUUUUUACAAAGGAAGGGCUCCUCAUGGUCUAAAAUCUGAUUGGAUUAUGCAUGAAUAUCGACUUCACACUGAUCCAAAUGGUGCCCAUCAGGAAGAGGGAUGGGUGGUGUGUAGAGUUUUCAAGAAGAAAAUGGCAAGCACAAGGAAAGAAAGUGAGAAGGAGUCACCAAAUAAUAAUGAUCAAGUUCCAUUCAUGCCAAACCAUAUUGUCUCACAACACAAUUACCCUUGCAAGAAGGAAUUAAUCGAUAAUUUGAAUUACCAAAUCCAAAUCCCAUCUCAUCACCACCACCACCAACAAAGUCCAAAACUUGUUCCAUCCACCUCAAUUUCAGUGUACAAUAAUUUGCAACAGUCUGUCUCCCUUCUCACACGAGAACAAGUUGUUGAUCAAGUGACCGAUUGGCGAGUGCUCCAUAAAUUUGUAGCUUCUCAACUCAGCCAAGAGGAGGAAAAUGACUAUUACUCAAACACCUUACAUGGUGUUACCGAUGAAUCGAAUUUGAACAAACAAGAAACAGUCACGGAAAAUAACUCCACUGCAUCAUCUUGUUUUCAGAUUGACCUGGGGAAGUACACUUCUUUAUUUGUUGAUUAAAUAUCUAAUUUGUUUAAUAUCAUUGUACAUAAUAAUA